AUGAUAAUUUUUUCUUUUAUAUUUUUUAUACUUAAAAUCGUCAGUAUUGAUGGUGCACGAACAAAACAAUGUCCUGUUUUGGAUUUACCUAAACAUGGAUUUUUCUUUUCGGGUUAUUGUAAACGAACAUCAGGUUCAUUAUGUGGACUUGGAUGUUUAACUGGUUAUCGUCUUGUAAAUGGAGAUAGUUUUCGUGAAUGUCGUCAAGAUGGAACAUGGAGUGGACGUGAGCCGCAAUGUGAAGCAAUUCGUUGUCCUGCAUUAAAAGUUCGUCCUCGAGUAAUACAAGAAUGUUUACCUCAACAAAACAAUACGAAAUUUCAAUUUGGUACUAAAUGUCAAGCAAAAUGUAAUGAAACAGGUUAUCGAUUGAUAGGUCCACGUAUUCGUGAAUGUCUCGUAAUGGGUAGAUGGACAGGUUAUGAACAAUUUUGUAUUGUUGGUGUUGAAACAACACCUCUUGGAAUUACAAGUCCAACAUCAACUUAUCAUUUAAUAACAACUCCAAAAUAUUUAGAUUAUUCAAAUUAUGCUUUACAUAUCAAUAAUAACGAUAGAGGAAUUAUUUUAACAUCUUUUAAUUCAUUGGAAUUUACGAUUAUCUUUUGGUUCUAUUUGGAAAAUAAUACAAAUGCUAAUAUAAUUUCAUUAAAACAAAAUAACAAUAGUGUUCUAUUUGAAUUAAUUAUUCUUCAAGGCAGACUAGUUAUUUAUCAUUUACGACAAAAUCAAACUAAAUCUACAACAACAACUUAUGUGAAUAUUCCAAUUGAAAAAUGGAUACAUUUUACUUGGACUUAUUCAAAUAAAAAUCAACAAUCAAAUUUAUAUAUUAAUGGUGCACGACAACAAUCGAUCGAUUUCGGAGUAAUGAACCUCGAUUUCGAAAGCAAAUUAAUUCUAUUUGAACGAUUAUUUACUGGUCGUAUAACACGUAUAGAAAUUUGGAAACAAAUUAUAUCUGAACAACAAUUACUUGUUAGUUAUCGUGAUUGUCGAAAACAAAAUGGAGAUAUUUUUUCUUGGUCACAAGUAUCUAAUGAAAUAUUAAUUGAUACAAAUAAAUUAAAAAGUUCAUAUUUUUGUUCAGGAUGUUCGGAACCAGCAUCAAUUCAAGGUGGAUUUUAUCGUGUAUCUGAUUAUGAAGUUGGUUCAUCAGUUGAAUAUGAAUGUAAUUAUGGUUAUGAAAUGAUUGGUGCUAGUCGAGCAUUUUGUAUGGUACCAUCAGAAUGGUAUCCAUUACCACC